AUGCUUUCCUUUUUCGGACUGCUCGGGAUAGCUGCUGCGGGCUCUCUCAGCCCUGAAUACGAAUUUAACCCGCGUGGUUUCUACCGAGACCCUUGCCCGGACACACGCCCAGGGCAAAAAUGCUCAGCCCUAGACAAUUAUGUUUGGAGAAAGGAUGAAGCUUUCAAGUAUGAAAUCGUCGAGCGAAACCGCGAAUAUCCCGGACUCGUCGGUUACAUGAUCAAGAUGACAUCUCAGAAAUGGCUCGACGAGAGCAUCUACGUUGUCGAAAAGCACCAAUCUGCGGAGUGGAUUCACUGGGUCACCAUGUGGGUGCCAGUUGGCGAGCGAGUGCGUGAUGAGAAUCUUCUCGAUACGGCGGUUCUCUUUAUUGACGGGGAUGGUAACAGAAACGACGCUCCAAGCUGGGAUGACUUAUUUAUAACGAUCGGACGCGUUUACGCAAGAAUAACUGGCUGUAUUUACGUCAAUAUCAAACAGAUUCCAAAUGAAAGGCUUGUCUUUAAAAACGACUGGAAGGAGACCAGAACUGAGGAUGAAAUUAUCGCCCUGACGUGGCGUCACUUCUUGGACUUUCCCGAUCAACCAGAAUGGCUUGUUCGAUUUCCAAUGGUAAAAGCGAGUCUGCGAGCGAUGGAUGUCGCGAUUGAAAUCAACAAAGACCCACGAGAAGUCGCACUUGGACUCAGUGGAGUUGAGCUCAAAAGGUGGACUGUCGCUGGAGCAUCCAAACGAGGCUGGACAACUUGGUUGGUAGCUGCCACUGAUCCUGAACGAAUCAACCUUGCCGCUCCGAUUGUCUUGGACAUCUUGAACCUUCAACAAAACUUCAAGCACAUUUACAGAAACACUGGCAACUGGACUUUUGCCAUGUACGACUACUGGGUCGAAGGAAUCAACGGAAGGCUCGACGACCCGAACCUCCAGCUCAUGGCGGACGAGAUUGACCCUUAUGAAUACAGAGAAAGACUGACAAUGCCAAAAUUGGUCAUUUCUGCGAGCAUGGACGAAUUUUUCCAACCAGACGAUACUUGGUACUUUUUCGAUGGGCUUCCAGAGCCAAAGUAUUUCAGACUAUUGCCGAAUGCUGAGCAUAGUACUUCCCUUUCUGGCCUUUCAACACCGCACUUUGCCUUCGUUCUCCGCUCGAUGUUCCUCGCGGUAAACAAAGAUUACUCCCUCCCGAAGUUUAGCUACAGAAGAUACGAUGAUCCGGUAGCGAAGAAUGGUGGAAUCGAGCUGACAUUUGAGACCUUUCCGAAGAAUGUCUACGGGUGGGUGAUGGAUAGCAAGACUCGAUUCCGUCGAGAUUUCCGAAUCGCUGGUUUGCGAGAUAACGAAAAAGGAUUCUACGCGGGCUGUGAUCUCUUCGUUUGCCCAGAUGAGCUCCCUCCAGGAUAUCCCGAUAAAGCACCUGUGGGAAAGUCAGUGAAGAAGUUCAAGAGAGUCCCAGAUAGCAAAGCAAAGCCUAUGCGAUUUCAAAAUCCAGAAGGCGCCAUGUGCAAGGAAUCGCUGAAAUUCGAUCCGGAUGAGUUUUGCAUUGAACUUGCAAAGGAAAUGCUUAUGAACAUGACCGGAGUACUUGACGAAUUCAUUUUCACGCAUAAACAACUGAAUCCUUCUUGGAAUCCGCCACGACUCGAGCCAACUGACCUUCAAGUCCAGCUGCAUGUUGCCAAGCGAAUUAUGGCAACUCAAACUGGCCCAAAGACUUUUGUUCUUGAACUGGACGAAGCACCGGACGCUUAUCGAGCUUUCUGGUUCGAGAUCGAGUUCCAGGGGCCAGACGAUGUUCAAGGCAUCGAAGUAACUACAGAAGCUCAGAUUCUCCCAGUCGCCCCACCAUUCGAAGAUUGUAUGGGCGAAGCCUGCAACGGAAGCCUUGUCUAG